AUGUCAAAAGAUUCCACUAGAGUUGAUUCAAAACGAAAAUUUGCUGGUACAAAUUUAUUAAGUCCAAGUCAUGCUAAUAAUGAUAAUAAUAAUAUUAUGAAUACAAAAUGUAAUAGUAUGAAUACAACACCAAAUCCAACAGCACCAAAUACACCAUGUCGAACAAUAAAUUCAACAAUAGCAUCAUCAUCAUCAUCAUCAUCAAUACGUCCACCAAGUAGUAAACCACGUAGCCGUUCAUUAAUACGGCGUACAUCGAAAAAAGUUAAAAAUAAAGAAGAUGCUGAUGAUUGUACUGUUCAAUAG